AAUUAAUUAUAGUGCAUUCGGUUUUUGACUAAACUGGAAACCAAAAAAGUGUGAAGAUAGAGUAAAACGAGCAAUACACUUUGAAUUUGAAUUUAAGGAGCUUUAUUUGCUUUUCCUUUUCUUGAAUCUCAAGGCUACUAACAUUCCCUGAACACUCAAACACAAUAUCAGAGAGAUUUCAAUAUUUUCUGCAACAAUCAAUUCAGCACGCUCAAUCGCCUCCAACAUGUUGAUUAGCUUUUAGGAUGGGAUUCAACUGAGCAACUUAUUUUGGAAGAGUGGACAUGAUGCAGAAGACACUAAACAGAGCACUGCUGAUAUGACAGCUUUUGUACAAAAUCUUCUUCAGCAGAUGCAAAGCAGGUUCCAGACGAUGUCAAACUCCAUCAUUACAAAGAUCGAUGAGAUGGGUAGUAGGAUAGAGGAAUUGGAGCAGAACAUCAAUGAACUCCGAGCAGAAAUUGGUCUGGAGAGCUCACCUCCUCCAGUCACUGAGAGAGAGAAAUCUCCUUUGCGUGAGUUGAAGCCUGAAAUAGAAAAUCCUUAAAAAUAACAGCUGAAUGGUUCAGCAUAGAUCAGUGUUAAUGUUUUUGGCAUGGUUCAUUUCAAACUCCACGGGUUGGUGAGCUGUUUCCCUGAAUUAUGCAUUUCUUUUCAUUCGGUUCAAAUAGUCUUGAACAUCUCUUUAAUUUUCGCAUUCCUGUAGAAUGUACUGAAUUUUAUCUUUCAUAGUCAGCGCCGUUCUUCCCUUGUGAUUGCAUUACGUAUUUCACAGGAAAAGAAAUCCUGUGAUCAAAAUUGUAUUAGAUUGAUUUUUAUGGUUUUGGGUGAGUCAGUUUGAACAUUUAGAUUCUAAAAAAAUUAUGUUUUGUUUGUUAUCAAAUAUUAAGUAGUAUGCAUCCAAGCAUAGAUUUA